UGUCAAUUUACUGUCUUCUAUCUUCCACUGUAGGAGGCAGAAGGUUUAGGGAUUUGGUUACAGAACAUCAUGUAUUUUUGACUAAAACAUGCAUAACAACGAGUCCUGUUAGCACCAUGACUAUUGGGAUUUUUGGCACGUGGGACCAUCAGUUCAACGCCACUGAGCAAGCACUCACAGAUAAGAUCAAGAACAACCCUUGCUAUCCAUUCACUAUAGUGAAGGACGUGUUUGUUCUUGAAUACCAGCAUGAAAACAUCUGGAAAGGUUCACUGCUACUGAUCGCCUCCACCAUUGGAACUGCCUGUUACAUGAACAUGGAGUUUGGGGACCAUCACAAGUAUACUGGGUUCCUGGUGUUCAGCAUGUGUCUCUCUCUGUGGCUGGUCUGUUCCGGGGCCUUCCGCCGGCGCCUGGUGAUCGAUCACAAGAAGAAGGAGUACCGCUACUACAUUCACACACACCUACGCCACAGGGGCCCCUUGCACCAGAUCUACAUACGCAUGAUAGCGCAGAAGAGUGGACAGGUACUGCUGAUGUACAAGCUGAUGCUGAAUGGAUACAAGAUUGAAGAGAGGGAACUCAGUGGCUUCUCAGAGAAAUAUGAGCUGUUGGAGUGCCAGGGCAGGAGGAUAGCGACGAAACUCAACCUCAAUUACUUUGACUACCAGGACACUUCUAAACGGCACCUUGUCAUCCACAGGCCCAAAAUCAUCCUGUCUGCUAACAAUGAUCGCAACAAUCCACCUGUCUGAGGAUGAGGAAGUUCCUCUAUGAUCAAUCACGUGGUGCUGUCAGUGUCCCUGCCAUGUUGCCUUUACCCUAUCCAUAUUCCAUAAACAGACCAAAUUUAAAUAUUGUGUUUCUAACUGUAAUCAAAUGUCUCUGCAUGUCUUUUUCGUGAUAGUUUUCUGAAAUAUCUCUUGAAAUCAUUGAUUUGGUCUUCGACAACCAAGUCUAUCAAAUCAUGUUGCCAUCCCUAAUAUUCUGCUUCCACUGUGACUGCUCUUUCCACAUUGCAACAUAGCACAGUCAGAAUCCUGUAACAU